AUGCAGUCUUUACGAAUAAUCAUUUUAAUUGCCUCAAUCAUUUAUUUAGCUCAUGCAGCUAUGCUUAAAACACCUAUGGUAAAUAAUUAUCCUCAAAUAGCUGUACUCGGUUGCGAUAGUAAUAAAGCUAAUUUAUAUUACGAUACUGAACGGCAACUAUGGAUUGAACAUUUAAUUAGCGAAUGUGUUAAUGAUGAAGCAGAUAUUCUUGAAUUUUGUCAAAAAGCUUAUCCAUCAUUUCAAAUUGGUAAUAUUCUUCGAUUAGAUACAGUAUUACGAUUUGAAAAUUGGUGUGAACUUCUUCCAUCAGUCGAUCCUAAUGGUAUACCUCGUUGUAAAACCGAAAGUCAAGCAGAAGAACUAGUUCAACCAUACCGUUGUUUAUAUAAGAGUUCAAAACGAGAAGAGUUAACUUUGCCAAAUAUUGAUUGUAUAAUGAACAGUAUCAUUGAAACAGGUGAAUGUUUACGCUCAGAAAAAUGGCAACAAUUAGCAUCACUUCGUUGUUCAAAUAAAUCAAUGGUACUUAGUAAUUCAUUGGCAACACUUGAUUGGUGUGGCUUAUCGGAAUUUCGGGGCAUUCAAUUUAUCUGUUGUCCAUUAAAAGAUAACGAUGCAAACGAUGAUUAUAGUUCAUUGAAAGAGGAUGAUCCGAUCAAAGAACAAGAUAUUGUACCACAACAAGUUGGCACCGAACUUCAUCGAAAGAUAAUUGCUACGUCAAUGACAUCACAUGAUCCAGAUUGGCUUCAAGACAGUCUUCAAUGGAAUACAAUGUCAGGAUAUUUUUCCGAUGAUGAAGAUCUGAAUGAUCAAGAUGACGUCAAAUUGUCAUCGCCUCGAAGAUCUCAUUUAACUGUUAAUGAACAUGAAAGAUUUACAACAGAUAAAGGAGAGUUUCGACGAAAAUAUAAAGAACAAAUAGAUCAAUUAAAAAUACGUUGGCAAAAUAGACGAAAUGACCUUCAAAUAUUAGCUAAUACGAAUCCUUAUCAGGCACAACAGGAUUUCGUGCAAAGCGAUGUGGAAUUUCGUCUAACAUAUGAUACCAUAAAACGAACAGCGAAUGAAGAACGAACACGUAUCAAUGAAUUGCACGAAAAGAAUUUAGAUUCAUUACUUGACACUGCUAAGAAUGAAACCAAUCAAAAAUUAAUAGCAGCUUGGAAUGAAAACCCAUUGCAGACAGACAAAAUCGAAGAUGCUCUCUAUAAUUAUCUUCAUGUUCUAUUGCGUGAUCGUAUUCAUCUGGUCAAUCGUUAUGAACGUUUACGUGUUGUCGAUCCAAGUCAAGCAAAACGUAAACGAGCAGCAAUUCAUGAACGAUUACGUUUAAUUGGUAGUCAAAUAGAUGAUGCUCUAAAUAAAAUCCGACGUCAUUCGGAAUUUCAAUCUAAAAUUCCAGCACGUAUUGAUUCUCUUCUUGAUGAAUAUGAAGAAGUUAAUAAAGCAGCUGAAAAAUUACUAAACGAUUAUAUUACUUCGCCAACAGCAAAGUCACUUAAAGAUAGACUUUCACUAUUAGGCCGUGAUGAGAAAAAGAUUUAUCCAUCGUCUAAAACGCAACUGAAUAAAGUCGAUGAAAAAGUUAAAAAUAAUGAUGAUGAUUAUAGUACAAGUGAUGAGUAUGAUGAUGACGAUGGUGAUGAUGAUGAUGAUGAUGACGACGAUGAUGAUACAACUACAACAACUGAAGCUACUAAUAUCAACAGCGAUCAAGUUGAUGUUGGUGAUAGUGAUUGGGAUGUUAACGAUCGUAAUGAAGUACAAAUUGAUGAUAUAAUUGACGUCAAUGAGGAAGAGCCAAUACUUGAUAAUCUUCGUCCAUUGAUGCCAAAUAAUGUCAUAAUCAAUCGUCGUAUUCAACGCAGUUCAUUUGUUAUUUAUCUUCCAUAUAUUUUUGGAAUUUUACUUGUUGUAUGUAUAGUAUUGGCUGUAUUUAUUAUUCGUUAUAUAAUUCAACAACGAAGAAAAUAUCAAUAUGGUAGUAAAUAUGAAAAGCAAUAUGCUUUCAAGGAAAUUGAUUCCUGUACACCGGAAGAAAAAGCUCUAUACGCAUUACAAAUGAAUGGCUAUGAAAAUCCAACUUAUACAUUUUUUGAAAGUCAAACACCAAAAUGUUAA